CACGGCCAACCAUCUCACGCACCGAAUCACCUCCAGCAAGCGGAGGUCGCCGGAUCAGACAUCGAGUCGCUCUUCCCCACCUCGCUGCACCGCGUGCUGCUGCACCGCCCGAUGCCGUUGGCGGACUGGAGGGUCUUGGAGGCCGCCAGGGCCGCGGGCCGCGUGGCCGAAAUCGGCGUCUGCAACUACUCUGCCGAGAAGCUCCAGGAGCUUCUCGCGCACUGCGACCUGAAGCCAGACGUGGUGCAGAACGAGCUGCACCCGUGCAUCCAUACCCCAGUCCCCGACAUCUGCAGGCAGCACGGUAUCCGCUUCGAGGCGCACUCCGUGAUGUCUGCCAACGGGCACCUGGCUGAGUUUGCGGCCAGGCGGCAGCCGGCCACUGCGGCGCAGGUUGCCAUCGCCUUCUGCCUCGCCCGCGGAGCAGACGUGUGCUUCUCGACGGCGAAUUUGCAGCACUUGCGCGAGAACUUGGAGCCCCAGUUGCCCUCUUUGUUGUCGUCCGCAGAAGUGGAGGAGCUCUCGACGCUUGCCUUGCGGCAUCCCAUCCGUCGAUACCGCUCCCAGGGCUCUGUCGCCCUCGACGCGGACGAGCUGUACGGCCAGCUUGCAAAAGAUAUCGCGGACUUCGAGUCGGGCCUGCCCUUCUCCGACCUCUGCGUGCGCGUACCGAAGACCCACCGCGGCACGGGUGGCGAGCUCGCCAAGGCCUUAGCACAGCGCUUCUUCCCCGAGUCCGAGGGCUGCUCCGCCCACCAGAGGUUCGACGGCCUCCUGCACAGGCUGCGCAGGGCGCACGAGGCGCGCCGGGAGGCGGCGCGCGAGGACCUGCGGCGCGCCGCGCCGAAGACCUGCGCCCUGCCGCGGCAGGCGGUCGCCUUCCCGGAGGCGCUGCCCGUGGCCGUCCCCGGCCCGGCGUGCUUUGACGCCUUCCUGCAGGAGCUGAGGGGCCUGCCCACGUCGGGCUGGAUCUCCGAGGAGGAACAGGUAUACCCAUGCCUCCACCCUUCCCUCGUCCUCCCUUGUUGGGCCUCCUCGGAGGCCCUCGUCGCCACCGCUGGGUUCGCCUCGAGAGCCUGGUCAGAACCCACCCCAGGAGAGGUCCGGAGGGUCGCGGUAUCGGUACCUUUUGGUCUCCCCAGGAUCGGCCACCCUCGGCGCUUCGAGAGGGGCACCCUGUUCCCGGACGGCCGCAUGGACCUCUGCAAGCAGGCGAUACGGCCGCGCUUCGAGGAGCUGUGCGGCUCGGUGCAGAGGUCGUGCGCCGUGAGGCACUUCCUGCUGGGCAACAACGUCGUCUUCCGCGACGGCACCGUCGAGGAGCUCGCCCUGCGCCUGGCGGCGCUGGAGCGGCUGCUGCGCUCCGACCCACAGAUCGAGACGUGGUACCUGGCGGGCAACGCCAUCGACGCGGAGCUCUCGGCCCCGAUCGCAGAGGCGUUCCUGCUCGCCUCGCGCACGAAGGCCCUGUGGCUGAAGAUGAACCCCGUGAAGGCGGGGGCGCGCCACUUCGGCAGACUGGCGGCGCUGCACUCGGGCCUCGAGCUGCUCGACCUCUUCAACACGGGCCUGUGCGACUCGGGCCUGCGCGCCUUCCGCGACGGCCUGGCCGCGCACGGUGGCUCGCGCUCGCUGAAGCACCUCUACCUGUCGGUGAACGACAUCACCGACGGCGCAUGCGCGGCGGAGGUCGUGCGCCUGCUGCCCUCGCUGGAGUCCCUGUUCCUUGGCGUGAACCUGCUGGGCGACGCCGGCGCCGCUCCCGUGCUCGAGGCUCUGGUCGGCCACCCCUCGCUGCGGCGUCUGGAGUUUGGCUCCAACGGCCUCACCGACGCGUCGCUGCCGCUGCUGCUGAGGGUAGUCUCCAGCGCACCGCUGGUGGCGGCACUGACCCUCGGCUCCUACAAGUCGACGGACUAUUUCGGCGGCCGGCACAACGACUUCGUAGACGCAGCAGCACUCGCGCAGAUCGCCUCGCAUCUGGGCUUCAUGAGCUUGAACGGUGGCGUCAACGGCCUCGACUUUGCUUCUUUCGAAGACCAUGUCCGUGCACAGGCGCCCGACACGCUGGUUUUCGCCACGCAGCCCGGCAAGUCACUCUGGCUGGGCGACACAUCUGUCAGGCGCGGCCUUCAGCACCCAGAGCCGUUCGUGAAGCACAUCGAGUCGAUUUACCGCAACCAGAUGUAAUCGCACGUCGGGCGAGUGCGGCGCCGUGGCCGGCGGCCGCCAGAGUGCCUUGCGCAGCACUGCUCGCGCGCCGCUCGCGGAUCUAGCGUGUACAGUGGAGUCUUCCCCGAGUGAGUUAAGUGUACAGUGCUCCAGUACGGCGGCAGCCUUGCUCAGCGGAUCGCGAAGCGUGCGAGGGCACUGAAACGUUACUUCCGCCUGUCGCCUCGCUGCCAACCGAAGCUGCGAACGAGCGAGAGGUCUGCAGGGCGAGGUUGGACCGCCGACGGUCUUGCGAAGCGACCUAUCCCUCGACCCGUUUCUCUCGUGAGCUUCGCCCCGGCGUUUCAUCCCGAGCCGGUCUUCGAGGAAGA